CGAGCCAGGUGCUAUCGCAAGGCCAGAGCGCACAGCCGAGCGGAGAGGGCAGAGCCCAGCUCAGAGCGAGCCACGCCGCGGCAACGGCGGAGGACGAAGUGUCCAGGGGCCGAUCCUGGACUUGUCCCCCAGCCCCGGAGCGCUUCUUGAUCCCGCAGCAACCGCUUGGCAUCUCCAGCCGUGCGGUGCUUCCAACUCAGUGCUGGAAGAAAAAGUGCCCGCCCGCCUGCAAACCCGCAGCGCCUCCUUCUAGGUGACCAGCGGUUUGCUGGCUCUGCGCGCACUUUCAAAGAAUAAGUGAGCGUGAACUUGAUCUGGAGCACUGCCAGCGGAGCUCCGCGCUUCUAAGCGAACAAAAGCCAGGUGCGCUGUGGCGCGCAGUCUCUCGGAACUCCAAUGCAGCCCACAGUCCUUUCGGGAUCACGCACCCACAGGCCUCGCUGCGGCAUGCGGGGCGCCCAGCGAGCAACACGGGCUUGGAGCUCUCCGCCUUCGCCCAUGCUGCUGCUGGUGCUGGCUGCGCCCGCAGUGCUGCUGUGCGUGCGGGGUGCGCACGGACGCCCCGCGGAAGAGGAUGAGGAGCUCGUGCUGCCUUCCCUGGAGCGCACCCCAGGGCCCCAGACCACCGCGCGCCUCCACCUGGAUGCCUUCGGCCAGAGGUUGCACCUGAAGCUGCAGCCGGACAGCGGUUUCUUGGCGCCUGGUUUCACGCUCCAGACGGUGGGGCGCAGUCCCAGGCCCGAGGCGCAGCCUCUAGACCCAGCCGGGGACCUGGCGCACUGCUUCUACUCGGGCACAGUGAAUGGUGACCCCAGCUCCGCUGCAGCCCUCAGCCUCUGCCAAGGCGUGCGCGGCGCCUUCUACCUGCAGGGCGAGGAGUUCUUCAUCCAGCCGGCUCCUGCCGCCGCCACCAAGCACCUGGCCCCUGUAGCCCCCGGGGAGGAGCCACCGGUUCGGCCACAGUUCCAUCUCCUAAGGCGGAGGCGGCGGGGCAGCGCCGGUGCCAAAUGCGGAGUCGUGGACGAUGAUACCUUACCCUCCAGCGACUCCAAACCUGAGACCCAGGACGCCCGGCGUCAUUGGCCGCCCCGGGAUUCCAUACAGCAACGUCCUGGACAGCCAACAGGACCUGGAAGCAUAAGAAAGAAGCGAUUUGUGUCCAGCCCUCGCUAUGUGGAAGCCAUGCUUGUGGCUGACCAGUCCAUGGCUGAGUUCCAUGGCAGUGGUCUAAAGCAUUACCUUCUGACCCUGUUCUCUGUGGCAGCCAGGUUUUACAAACACCCCAGUAUUCGGAAUUCAAUUAGCCUGUUGGUGGUGAAGAUUAUGGUCAUUUAUGAGGAGCAGAAGGGGCCGGAAGUGACCUCUAAUGCUGCUCUCACCCUGCAGAACUUCUGCAAAUGGCAGAAGCAGCACAACCCUCCCAGUGACCGAGAUGCAGAACACUACGACACAGCAAUCCUCUUCACCAGACAGGAUCUAUGUGGUGCCCGUACAUGUGAUACUCUUGGGAUGGCUGAUGUUGGAACAGUGUGUGACCCCAGCAGAAGCUGCUCAGUCAUAGAAGAUGAUGGUUUACAAGCUGCCUUUACCACAGCCCAUGAGUUAGGCCACGUGUUUAACAUGCCACAUGAUGAUGCAAAGCACUGUGCCAGCCUUAAUAUUGUGAAUGAGAAUUCCCACCUGAUGGCCCCCAUGAUUUCCAGUUUGAACCACAGCCAACCAUGGUCUUUGUGCAGUGCCUACAUGGUCACAUCGUUCCUGGAUAACGGCCACGGGGAAUGUUUGAUGGACAAGCCGCAGAAUCCCAUCAAGCUCCCAUCCCAUCUCCCUGGUACUUUGUACGAUGUCAACCGUCAGUGCCAGUUCACAUUUGGAGAAGAAUCCAAACACUGCCCUGAUGCAAGCAGCACAUGCAGCACAUUGUGGUGCACUGGUAACUCGGGUGGCAUGCUGGUGUGCCAAACGAAACAUUUCCCUUGGGCAGACGGCACUAGCUGUGGAGAAGGAAAAUGGUGUGUCAGCGGCACAUGUGUGAACAAGACCAACAUGAAGCAUUUUGAUACCCCUGUUCAUGGAAGCUGGGGGACAUGGGGACCCUGGGGAGAGUGUUCAAGAACCUGCGGUGGAGGUGUGCAGUAUACAAUGAGAGAAUGUGACAACCCAGUCCCAAAGAAUGGAGGGAAGUACUGUGAAGGGAGACGAGUGCGCUAUAUGUCUUGCAACACUAAGGACUGCCCAGAUAAUAAUGGAAAAACCUUUAGAGAGGAGCAAUGUGAAGCACACAAUGAGUUUUCAAAAGCUUCUUUUGGGAAUGAGCCCAAGGUGGAAUGGACACCCAAGUAUGCUGGCGUCUCACCAAAGGACAGGUGCAAGCUCAUCUGUCAAGCCAAAGGCAUUGGCUACUUCUUUGUUUUACAGCCCAAGGUUGUAGAUGGCACCCCCUGUAGUCCAGACUCUACUUCUGUCUGUGUGCAAGGACAGUGUGUCAAAGCCGGUUGUGAUCGCAUCAUAGACUCUAAAAUGAAAUUCGAUAAAUGUGGUGUGUGUGGAGGAAAUGGAUCUACGUGCAAGAAAAUAUCAGGAACAGUUACCAGUACAAGACCUGGGUAUCAUGACAUCGUCACAAUUCCCACUGGAGCCACAAACAUUGAAGUCAAACAGAGGAAUCAGAAGGGGUCCAGAAGCAAUGGAAGCUUUCUUGCCAUCAAAGCAGCCGAUGGUACCUAUAUUCUGAACGGGAACUUCACUCUGUCCACUCUGGAGCAAGACCUAACCUACAAAGGUACGUUCUUAAGGUACAGCGGCUCCUCGGCAGCACUGGAAAGAAUCCGCAGCUUUAGUCCACUCAAAGAACCCUUAACCAUCCAGGUUCUCACUGUGGGCCAUGCUGUUCUACCCAAAAUCAAAUACACCUAUUUCGUGAAGAAGAAGAAGGAGUCUUUCAACGCUAUCCCUACGUUUUCAGAGUGGGUCAUUGAAGAGUGGGGAGAGUGUUCUAAGUCAUGUGGUUCGGGUUGGCAGAGAAGAUUAGUUGACUGCAGAGACAUUAACGGACACCCUGCUUCGGAGUGUGCAAAAGAAGUGAAGCCAGCCAGCACCAGACCUUGUGCAGACCUGCCUUGCCCACAUUGGCAGCUGGGGGACUGGUCACCAUGUUCUAAGACUUGUGGGAAGGGUUACAAGAAGAGAACCUUGAAGUGUGUGUCCCACGAUGGGGGAGUGUUAUCCAAUGAGAGCUGUGAUCCUUUAAAGAAACCAAAGCAUUACAUAGACUUUUGCGUGUUAGCAGAGUGCAGUUAAGGAGUGCCCACUUUGAGGAAAAGGGAGUGUGGGAGGGCUGAUGCACUAAAACCUAGAGUACUGGAGGGAUCCAUUGUAUCUAACCAGUAACAAGUAAGGUGUGUCAAUGAGGUGGGAGUAUGGAGGGAGGUAGAGAGCAGUGCAGGUAGAUCAGGACACUAUCCUGCCAGUUAAAAUUUGAUAAGGUAGUUAAUGAGGAUUAUUAGCGUCUGAGAAAUGAUAUAUAGCAUGAUGAAGCCCCAGGGCCUUACUAGUAUUUCUUUCGUUACAUCUAUUGCUGAAACAACUGUCAGAGUCAGACAAGGACUGCAAGCCCUGUUUCUUGGUACUGAUUAAACACUUUGUAUCCUGGGGGUUGGGAAAAGCAAAGCAGAAGAAAGAUGAGAUGAUAUUUCAGACAUGGCUUACUUUACCUUGCCAGCCAUGGGAGGAGAAAGGUGUACAAACUAAAUGGUUGCUUAGCAGUUUAUGAGUGCAGUGGUUUCAGAGAAUGUUUAUGCAUCAUUUCUACCAAGAAUGAAGAGUUCAGAUAAUUCAACAUGAAAGAAAGUCACACAUAUGUGAAAGGGUUCGUGGUGCCUUGUACCAUCUUGGUCUUUAACUGUGUAAUUCAUUUUGAGGUAGAAACAAUUCACCUAUUUAUGAAAUGUGCAUUAAGUUCACAGAAAGACAAAGUAGUGAAGUAAAGGUGCUCACAAGCACUGCAGAAGGUGCAGUGAGCUGAGCCUCCUCCUGUACUUUUCUCCCUAGGUAAGCCUAUUUGGGGACUAGGUGUGAAAAGAUCACCCAUGUCUCACUUAAGUCAGGAGGACCACACAGAAAGGAUGUCAUGCAGAGCAAGAAUGGGGUGUGGAGAACAGGGUCCAUGGGUUUGGUGGGUUUGAGAAGACCGAGUUCAUUUUGUCUCACAGUGGGAAGCUGCUGCAGGGUAGCAGGUCCAUUCCUGGCAGCUUGUCAACAGUCGUAUCCUGGUGAAUGUCUGUUCAGCUCUUCUACUGAGAGAGAAUAUAACUUUCCAUAUGUAUAUAGUAAAAUAUGUUACUAUAAAUUAUAUGUACUUUAUAAGUAUUGGUUUCUGUGUUCCUUCUAAGAAGGACUAUAGUUUAUAAUAAAUGCCUAUGAUAACAUAUUUAUUUUUAUACAUUUAUUUCUAAUGAUUAAAACCUUUAAGUUAUAUCACUUUUGUAAAAGUGCAUAUAAAAAUAGAGUAUUUAUACAAUAUAUGUUAACUAGAAAUAAUAAAAGAACACUUUUAAAUGUGUAUCUGUUUUUCUGAACUGGGGAUUAACUCCUGGGCAAGAAAUUUGAAGAUUCUCAAACAUGGAUUUCAAGGCAAUUUUUAAGUAGGUUCUUUGGAAAUAAGAUUUAGUUGAAUGAAAUGUAUUUCAUGUUUGUAGAAGUGCUAGUAAAAAAGCAGUUACCAAUAUUUUUAGUGAUAAGAUUGUUACUAAUGGGGUUGGCAAAUUUCUGUAAAGAGCCAGAUAAUGACUGCUUUGUAAGCUGUACUUUCUCUGUCACGACCAUGCAACAUUGCUAUUGUAGGCAUGAAAGCAGCCAUAAAUGAUAUGUAAAUGAAUGAUCAUGGCUGUGUUCUAAUAAAACUUUAUUCAUAAAGACAAA